AUGACUACCGAUACUUCAAUUUCAUCUGAAAAAUUCCUCACCCUCCCUGACGGCCGUACCCUUGCCUACGCCGAUAGCGGUAAUCGCACCAGUCCCACCAUCGUCUUCUUCUUUCAUGGACUAUUUGGCAUCGGGCGAAGCGACCACACCACGGAGACAUUUCGAGAAUCAGGUUUUCACAUUGUGACGCCUACCUUACCUGGCUUUGGUCUCUCCAGCCCGCGAGACAAAACGAUACCUUAUGCCGUCGCCCUUUCUCAAACUAUCACGGCGCUGAUCGAUCACCUUCAUCCAAACGAGCCCAACUUGCGUAUUUAUCUUGGUGGCGGUUCGUACGGGACCGUCCACGCGCAAAUGCUCUACGGGUUGCCUUUUGAUGUGUUUCCAUAUGGGAAGAAUAUUGUCGGGUGUAUGCUACUGGCACCUCUUUCUCCAUUCAAAUAUGAUACUCAGUACACGAAAGGGAUGAUUUGGAGUAACUGGAUCGGUGUUGGACCACCCUCUCAGAUAGUCCCUUUCCACCUUCUCCAACGACUUACGGCUAAAGCCAUCGGUAUGAAGGUCAACAGCGUGGAUAAAGCCGAGGACUUCUUGCGAAAGAUGUUGUUUGACACGGCUUCCGAGGCGGAGAAAGCCUCUUUCCUUGCUUGGAAAGAGCGAGAAGGAAUUGCUGAUGGACAAUGGGAGAGGAAGAUGGCAGAAAACAUGGUCAAAAGUUUUGCUACGACUUGGGAUGGGUUUCUGGAGGCUUCAGACGUGCUUCAUUCGGAUUGGGGAUUUGAACCAAAACAUUUGGAUGAGGAGCAUAUCAAACGGCCGUUGGUGGUCGUUGCUUCAAGUAGUGAUCCACUGGGACCGCAUAUGGCUAUUUGGAUUAGCGAAAACUAUAAGAAUUCGACGCUGAAGUGGUUGGAUGGGGGACAUAUUGCCGCAACGUAUGCGAUGAACGACCUUUGGAAGGAAAUGUUUGUGGAAGUUGAAAGGACUAGUCGAUCGGCCGAAUGA